AGGAAGUGGUUGAAACCAUGUAAUGUGACAUCUCAUAGCUUUAUAGUGAUAUCUAGUCAGCUUGUUGGCUCGCUGGCUCUUCUAAACCAAAUUCAUUUUUUUUGUGCUGAAGACGAGGUCAGGUAAGAGCGGUUGAUACAGUUUUUUCAAAGCACCUUUGUUUGUUUUAAUGCCAUAUAUCUAGAGAAGUUCCGGGCAAUAUUUAAGCCUGCGGCGUUGAGGUGGGCUAGUUAUGCUAUGCUCGAAAGGCGAUAGGGGCAGAUAUGAAACAUUUAAUUCUGUUAGCGGGAUUAACACUCUGCGUGUUGUUGAACCCUAGCCAACGCUACGUUCAACAAACUUUCGUGGCGUGUUUUUAAAGGUAUUUGGCGUUUAUAUACGUAAACGAGAGGGAGAUUAGCCACACGGAAAGCUUUAGCUUCCAACUCUGUUGCUAGGCAACAUGACUCUUCAUUGAGUGUUUGUUGCAAAGCCUGUAAUUACAUUAGUGUUGCACAAUCACGCAUUACCACUAUGUUGCAUGCACGACAACAUUUCCUCCUUGAUUUGCUUGAAGAAAAGAAUAACAGAAACACCAUAUUCCUUGUUUUUUGUCUUUGUCUUCUUGGCUCUGGUCUGAUCAGGCGUUUAUAGUUGGCACCAUGUUGGUCCCCAUAUUCACCCUGAAGCUGAACCACAAGAUUAACCCUCGAAUGGUCACUGUCGGCAAAUUUGAUGGGGUCCACCCAUGUCUUACAGCAGCCACGCAGGCAGGAAAGGUGAGACAUUUGGUUGAAAAAAUCACAAUAAGCAAGAAGUAGACUCAUUGCAUUGCACGAUUUCUCCACAAAUACAUGGCAGCCCCGUCAUUAUAUUUUUGACUUAUAUUUAUUCUGAACACCCCACUUUCCUCUACUCUAUGUUGUUUACUAAAUUUAGCCUAUUCUUAUUCAUUACAACACACAAUCUUCCCAUCAUACAAGUUGCUUACAAUUCUCAACAUUACAUAAACCUAAAUGUUUUCAUUAAUGCCUUAAACUUUGUUCUCAUUCUGUUAAAAAGGUCUUCAUCCAUAAUCCACAUGCCCGGGGUCAGAAACCUGUAGCCCAUCGACUGAGUCAAAGCACCCAGGAUUCUGACAUCUCUAUGCUCAACAUCAACCAGGCAGUCACUUGUCUAACAGCAGGAACACUGGGACCAAACACCACUGGGGACACACUAUUGGUGGGAUCCCAGACCAACCUUCUGGCAUACGAUGUCCAUGACAAUGCUGAUAUAUUCUACAGAGAGGUGAGCCGAGCUGAGGAAUAAGGGGAUAAAAUCAAAACUUUUGUUUUUGUGGUUUGGAUCUUCUUUGCAGUUUACAGGAAGUAAAGUUCUGAUCAAUGGCUUUGUUGUCUGUACAAUUUAAGUGGACAUGUCUUUGUUGUUGUAGGUGUCAGAUGGGGCCAAUGCUAUUGUACUGGGAAAACUGGGGGACAUCCAGAAUCCUCUUGCCAUCAUUGGAGGAAACUGCGCCUUGCAAGGCUUUGACUAUGAGGGCAAUGACCAUUUCUGGACUGUAAGAACAAAUGAACUGUUUAAAUAUUGGCCUACAUUCGAUAUUCUUACUUGCAUUCAAAGUGUGUUUUUAUUUUCUUUUAAAGCGACGCAGUAAACAACCAAUAUGAUGAUGAUGAUUCAAACUUAAGAUGCAAUAAAUUCACCUUGCAUCAUAAAGAGAAUGUUUAAAAAUGAUCCAAAGAUCCUGCAUAGCUGUGUGGUGGUCAGCACUGCUGGCUCAUAGCAAGAAGGCACCUGGUUUCAGGACUGACUGGGGUCCUCUACGGGCUUUCCAGCUUCAUCUCAAAAUCCAAAAUUAUUUUUACAGCUUGUAUGCAAUCGAACUAGAUGUUAUCACAAAUUUCAUUAGCUUUACCUGUACAUAUUCUACAGUUUUGUGAGCACACAGCAGGAGAGCUAUAUUCCCCAGUUGGUUUGAUAAGGCAUAUUAACAUUAAGUAACCCGCACAACAGACACACUUUUUGGUCUUUGCAAUGAUCUACACUCUCACAUAUUUUCUUCUCUAAAUAGCCUGAUAAACUGCACAGAUGUUCACACAAACUGUCUUUUUUAGGUGACUGGAGAUAAUGUCAGAUCUCUAGUGCUCUGUGACUUCACUGGAGAUGGGAAAAACGAGGUAAAUCUUGAUUAUCAGCCUAGUGUGUGUCCUUUGUGUCUGCACUUUGGGUCAGUCUGAGUUCAAUAAAAUUUGAAUUUAGAAAUUUUCAGUUUGAAAUUUUAAAGCCUUUUUUGCCUUGUGCCUACAGCUUCUUGUUGGGUCGGAGGAUUUCGACAUUCGUGUAUUUAAAGAGGAUGAGCUUGUGUCUGAGAUGACUGAAAAUGAGGUGAAGGAAUACAAUUUAUGUUACUGUUUUUUUCUGACAUUUAUUUACUGGGAGUCAAACAAUUGAUAAUGAGUUUUUUAAAUGAUUUAAAUUUUAUUGCUCAACAGUGAAUUGGACUCAAAUACUUGAAAUCAUUCCACUAAUACUCAUAUCCUGUAGUAUCGUGUAUCUGCGUUGUGCUGUACUAAAGCAGAAUAUUUGUUACAUGACAAGUUUGCUCUCUGUCUGUCUCCACACAGACUGUAACAUCACUGUGCCACAUGCAUGGGAGCAGGUUCGGCUAUGCCCUGGCUAAUGGCACUGUGGGAGUUUAUGACCGCACGGCUCGUUACUGGAGGAUUAAGGUACCACAAUGAUUUAUGAUAUAAAUGUUUGAACAAGAUGGUUUGAUCUCUGAAGAAAGUGGACUUGGGAAAUACUUGUUGAAGUCCAAUUAGUACUUAUUCAGAGCAUUCCUUUCCAUUAGAUGUUUCUAUGGUGGCCCUGAGGUGCAAAACACAACGGCAAAUCAGAAGACACAACACAAAAAGAGAAAAUACAACAGCAGAUCAGAAGACCACCGUGGUUAAUGACAUUAUGUUUUCUGAUUUGCUGUUGUGUUUACUCUUUUUGUGUUGUGUUUUCUGAUUUGCCGUUGUGUUUACUCUUUUUGUGUUGUGUUUCUGAUUUGCCAUUGUGUUUUGCACCUCAGGGCCACCGUAGUUUCCCCUAAAAGUUCUGUUUGUUUAUUAUACUUCACACUCAGUUGAUAUAUCAUAUUUCCUUGUAGGUACAGUAUGUAGUAUUUAGUGGCAUUUGGGAGAACAAACUUGGUAGAAAGGAAAUAUAAUAUUCAUGAAUCUGUUAAAAUUAGUGCGUAAUCACCUUAAUAUAAGAAUAAUAUGUUUACUAAGAAUGUGUAUUUUGUAUCUACCUAUGCAGAAGGCUUCAUGUAGGUCACCAUCUUCACCACCAUGUUUCUAAAGUAGCACAGGAGUGACAGUAUUUAUUGAACUCUUUAAGUCUGCCUGAGCUCUGUCUUUAAAGUGACUAACUGCAGUCUAACAGGUGAAAAGGACAAUUUAGUGAAUAUUUGUUAUUAUUACUUAAAAUGUUGUGACUCUAUUUGUCUCAUCUAGUCUAAGAAUCAUGCAAUGAGCAUCCAUGCCUUUGACCUGAAUGCUGAUGGGGUGGUGGAGCUGAUCACUGGCUGGUCCAAUGGAAAGGUCAGCAAACCACUUUAAGGGCUCAGAUCUGUAAAUCAACCAAUCAGGUCUUCAAAGUCUUUGAUCAUGUCCCGUCUUUGUUUUUAGAUUGAUGCGCGCAGUGAUCGCACAGGCGAGGUCAUUUUCAAAGACAACUUCUCCUCCUCUGUAGCUGGAGUGGUGGAAGGUGACUACAGGUUGGAUGGACAAAAACAACUGAUCUGCACCUCCAUAGAAGGAGAAGGUAUGUUGUUUGAGUGUAUCUGAUUGAAUAGUUCUAAAUUGAGCAUUUGCUUUGCUUUAUUGAUACUGGUUAAAUUUGAAAGAAUGAUGUAACAUUUUUUCAAGCUGGCAGGAGCUGUAUGUGAAAGUGUUGAUGCAUGUGCAGAAACUUAUUUUCAUGGUCAGUUAUCCAAAAUAAGAAAAAGAAAUCUCACAGCUGAUGAAAUGCACUCAUUCCAAAAGCAGAAUUUCUCUACAUGGUCUUGUUCAAAUAGCUAUGUGUUGUCUCUAUGAUUUUCUAAUUUUUCAUUCAGGAGCAGAUUUAAUAAAUACUGUAUUCAUGAAGAGAUUAUAGAGAUAAAUAAGAACUACAUUACUAUCAUCUCUCCAGACAAAGCAUGUAAACAAGCUAGUUUGUGUCGGGGAAAACCAACUCUUUAAAGUUAGUUUAAGAUGUCAGUCAUCAGUGUUGUUCAUUUGUGUCCCCACAGUUCGAGGUUACCUGCCAGCCAGUAAAGACCUUAAAGGAAACCUAAUGGACUCCAGUUCUGAACAGGACCUCAUUAGAGAGCUCAGUCAACGCAGACAGAAUCUGUUAUUGGAGCUGCGCAACUAUGAUGAGAAUGCUAAGGUACAUGCGUUUUAGAGCAUUUCUUUGUUUUUUUAAUAUACAAAACAAUGGAACAAUACAGAAAGUAGCACACAGACUAAGUGUGAUUGAAGAGAUUUUAACAUUAUUAGAUAGACUAAUAGAUGGGAAAGAUUCCUAUAUCAUGAAUGGUCUGUCCAUGCAGAUUUCAAAAUGAACGCCUAUACUGUGCCAUGCUAUUGUGAACUUAAGUUCAUAAAAAAUGCAGAAUGCAUCAUUUGGAUCAUGUAAAACCAUCAUGCAAGAACAAAACCACAGAGGGUUGAUGUAUGCUUUCAAAACUGGUCACAUUUUCUGUAAUAGUAAGACUCAUUUUUUUCUAGCUAAGCUUUCAUGGUAGAUGUUCACCAGAAUACCUUGUCAUGUAAACAUGCUAACAGUUAUGAUGGUUUUAGUCCCUCUGGAAUGUUCUCAACUCUUUAGAUGGAUAUUCACUUGUUUAACUAUGCAGUGAUCAUUUUGAGCAGUGUGAAGGUCUUUAAAAGAAUCUAGAAUCUAGAUUUAUUUUUUUUGUUUUGUUUUUGAGUCCCUUUUUGGCUUUUUACUUAAAGAUUUUCUUGCCAAAUUUGACAAUUGGACAAAAAAGGUGACGCUGCAGUAGCUCAGCUGCUCGAGUCUGUAUCAUUCAAACCAGCUCCUGUUUUAGACAACAUAAUAGGACUUUGAUCUAAUAGUGAUAUAUUUAAUUUUAUGAACUGCUGCAGGGUGUGUCAGAGACAAACAGUGGGAUGGGUGUUAUCCCAGCCAACACUCAGCUUCAGACAGCUCUGUCAGUGAGACCUGCCACAGAAACCCAGAAGGCUCAUGUAGAGCUCUGCAUUUCAACACCAAAUGGUACGGUAAUCUAGCACCAACACUUAGAAUUUUUCACAUGUUAGGGACUGAAUGAGUACUAAUAAGUCCCUGGAUCUCCCCUAAUCCUUUUCAGAAACCAUAAUCCGCGCAGUGCUCAUCUUUGCUGAGGGGAUAUUUGAGGGGGAGAGCCAUGUUGUUCACCCCAGCGCCCAGAACCUCUCAGGCUGUAUCCGUGUUCCCAUUGUCCCCCCCAAAGAUAUACCAGUCGAUCUGCACAUUAAAGCUUUUGUGGGAGGUAAAACUAGGUAAGAGGAUGUGUAUGAGUAAAGUGGUUAUGUCGAUUCAUAUCAGAAUCACAUGAUUCCCUGAAAACAUUUUAUCUGUUGUUAUCAUCAGCACCCAGUUCCACGUAUUUGAAAUCACCCGACAGCUGCCUCGAUUCUCCAUGUAUGACAUAACAGAUGACUCCUCACAAGCUCCACCCAAUGGAAAGGUUGUCUUCAGCAUCAAUGACCGACCACAGAGGGUAGGCCAGCAUGAGGAACUGUGACUCUAAUCAGUCCUAUUGCAUAGUCAAGGCUUUCAUGUGCAUAAAUUAAUGUAUUUGUUGAGUCUGUGUAUUGAUGUUUUGCCUGUAUCUACACUUAUGUCCAUAGGUGGUGAUGUGGCUGAAUCAGAACUUUUUACUCCCAGAGGGAGUGGACAGUCCUGACAUUACAUUUAAUUCAUUAAAAGGGGGAGGGCUGUUGUCCAUCAGCAUGGCCAAGAAUGGACAGGUACAGACACACCAGCUAAGUGUGAAGACACAACUUUAAAAAAGAUUGACUAUGUACUGUCUACAUUUACAAGAGAAUCAACAUGACAUGGUCAAGCUUUAUGGUUUAAAACAUCAACAUUGAACAUUAGGUCACUUUGAUAUGAAAUCGCCAGUGAAAUCAUCCAACUGUUAUGGAAAUGGAAUUAUGGAGGCUGUUGUUGAGCCUUUUUAGUAAGAUUUUACCAUAACUGUUUUUUCUUGAACAUACAAACAGCGAGCAGAACAUCAUUUGUCAAGUUACAAUGGCUCAUGUAUCUUAUCAGCCAAAACCUGUUGGUAAAUCGGUGUGUAAAUUCCUCUUUAAGAUCACUCUGAGUACCGAUGACAUCGACCUUGCAGGAGAUCUGGUCCAAUCACUGGCAUCCUUCUUGGGUAUAGAAGACCUUUCAGCAGAAGCAGACUUCCCUGGGUACUUUGAGGAGCUACGCACUACACUCACUGAGGUUUGGUUAUUUCUGCUGAAGAUUCAGCUGUUUAAUCCUUUAAUCCUCUGCAAGACAAAAGACUGUCUGUGCAUUGUUAUAUGUUCCAAGUUACUAAUAGAAUAAUCAGUUACCACGUUUAGAUGGGCAAAGUUUCUUGAUCCGAUUAAAAAUUUGAGGGAUCGGAUAAUCUGAAACCACUGUUUAUAUGGGUGCAAAAUCAAACAAUCCGAUCAUGACGUGUGUAAACAUGCACCAAGCUUUAUUCAGAUUAGAAGCAUUUGGACAUGCACAGAGUUGUCUGAUUUCACUAAAACAACUGCAGAAGAAGAGUUGUAUUAAUGCCUGUGCUGUCAACAAACCAACAAACGUGGUAGUGGCUCACUUCAUCCAAUUUAGGAUUUUUUUCCCCUGUUAAAUUUUGUCACCAGAUGGCGCCUUUGCUUACUUAUUUUCCUGUUCUGUAAAAGGUUGCACUGUGCAUGCAGAUGUGGCAUCAUUAUGCUGUAUGAACGCCUUAUUAUGUUGUGGGAGGAGCAGACACGGCACCUGCGGUUGUGUUUUAUGCCAGAGUGUUAAUAAUGAAACCUCCUGUACUAGCCACUAUCAAUGAGCUAAAGGCUAAAGAGUGAAGAUCGAGUCAGGUCAGAGAGUCACGACUGGAAUAAGGGUUUACAUGGACGCGUUUAGGAAUAACGAUCGGCAUUAACCACCCCUCCCGAUCGGAAAACGAUUUCUUUCCGAUUGAGCCAAAUUGGAUCAGAAUCUUCUGAUCGACAUGUUUACAUGACGCAUUUUUAUUCUGAUCGAGCAUUUAUUCCAAUUACGUGCGCCCAUGUUAACGCAGCUCGUGAAUACCUACAACUGCAUUAGCAGUUGGUACAUUACUAGAGGAGGGGAUACACAAUUUGUUGUAUAGAAUAUGGAUUGAUACAGAUAACCAAAUAUCUGUAUGUCAGGUGGAUGAGUUCCACUCCGUACACCAGAAGUUGACUGCAGCUAUGGCCGACCACUCCAACUACAUCAGGAAUAUGCUGGUGCAAGCAGAGGAUGCUCGCCUUUUGGGUGAAAUGUGAGUAACAAUGAACAAAGCUUUACUCUUUGAUGGUAUGAAAAAUGGAGUUUCUCUCACUGAAACUCGGUCUUCUCCUUUCUUUGAUUCUCCACUGUCCCCUCUCUAGGACAACUAUGAAGAAGCGCUACAGAGAGCUGUACGAUCUAAACAGGGAUCUGAUCAAUGAGUAUAAAAUCCGUUCUAACAACCAUAAUGCACUUCUGGCCUGUCUCAAGUCCGUCAACCAGGCGAUUCAGCGUGCUGGGAGACUCCGAGGUAAGACCCUGUGUGUGUGUGUGUGUGUGUGUGUGUGUGUGUGUGUGUGUGUGUGUGUGUGUGUGUGUGUGUGUGUAUGAGACAAACAUGUUUCCUAAACAGUUGCUGUUUGAGGGCUGACUGUUUUUGGACCCAAAUCUUAGUGUAGGAGGCACUGUCUGUGUCCAUCAGUAUUAUUUUAUAUCGGUACUGUCUAGAAGGUGCAUUGGUGUUACUGGACACUGAGGGCUUUACCUGUGUUAUUAAGCAAAUACAGGUUAUGAUCUACUUUUACAUAUUCCACAGAUCUGCUGGUAGUUAUAAACUAUGGCUGGCUGAAUUACUGGAUGAAUUCGUUUGCAUUCCAAAAAUUUAAUGGCUAAUUUCUGCAUUUCUACCAAAGAGGAUUAGAGCCACAUGAAGGGAAAAAAUUAUAACAGGAAGGAGAUUAGAUUUUAAAUUUUGAGAUUAAAAAAAUCUGAAUUAUGCUAAUGAAGUGGAAUUUUCGAGAUUAAAAACUAAAAUUUCAAGAUUAAAGUUGAACUUUCAAGAUUACAAAUGUUGAAAUGUCAUGAAUAAUGUCUAAAUUUAAAUUUUAAAAAGUUAAAAAUUUGAGAUUAAAGUCGAAAGCAAUAAAAUCGAAAUUUUGAAGUAAUCUUGAAAUUUUGACUUUAAUCUCAACGUUUUUUAAUCUCAAAAUGUACACAUUAUUCACGACAUUUCUACACUUCUCGAAAUUUUGAGCUUAGUCUCGAAAUGUCAUUAAAUCUAAAAAGUUUGACUUUAUUGACAUAAUUUCUAUUUUUUUAAAUCUUUUAAUUUCGAUAUUAUUCACGACAUUUUGUAAUCUUGAAAUGUCGACUUUCAUUUUGAAAUUUCCACUUUUUUAAUCCUGAAAGUUUGACUUCAUUGACAUAAUUUCGAUGUUUCUUAAAUCGAAAUUUCUACUUUCAUCUUGAAAUUUCAACUUUUAUCUCCUUCCUGUAAUUAUUUUUUUCUCUUCAUGUGGCCCUAAUCUUUUUUUGUACCUUUCACCCAUGUAGCAUCAAGUAGUUGAAAAGGUGAUGUUUAUGUAGUCCAAAGUAGGGAUGCGAGCCAUUACAGAAGCCUACUUUUAGGCCCAUAAAGAGAGAAACAAAUCUGCUUAACGCUUGUUGUUUGGAUUUUAACACCAAAGACCAGUUCACCAGUGAAAAAAACUUUUAAAGCCAUUUAGUCUGCAUAACUUUCUGUUGCUGUUUCUCUUUUCUCUCAGUGGGUAAACCCAAGAACCAAGUGAUCUCUGCCUGCCGAGACGCCAUCAAGAGCAACAAUGUCAACGCACUCUUCAGAAUCAUGAGAGCUGGCACUGCGUCCUCCUGAGGGUGGAGAGAGAGAGAGGGAGGGAGGGCAUACGGGAAUGGACCGAAUGUUUUCAAGAAACAGACACUCUCAAAACCGAUAAUCACUGUAAUGUUUGACUGCCUGUUUAAACACAUGGCACCUGCAAGGACUUUUUAACACAACAAGAGGACCAAAAACCAACCAUGGAAAUCAAAGCAGGAGUUACUUAAGACCACACAAUGGGGACACUGCAGUAGCCUUGAACCAUGUUUUCAUGAUUUGAACAUUAACACUAGUUGGGCUGCAAAAUUUGGCACCAGAUCAUUUUACUCUAACUUUUCUUGAAACUGAAAUCUUCAGAGUUAACAGAAUUCUUUUUUUGAUCAAGUUAGUGCGUGAGUAAAAAUGUGACUAGAUCUUCCACUGUUUGGAAGUGCUUCAUUUAGUCCAGUUACACCAUAGCUAAAUAAUUCUCAGAGUUGGUGCAGGAGUCAUCUGGCAGGAGUGACACACCUAUUAAAGGAGUUCAGCUGGACCAGAGCUGUGAAGGGAGUUCAGGCAGUCUGUUUUCAUGUUUGUCAAAGUAGAGGGUCAUAGACAGUCUGGGUACAGUCUUGAUCUAGAGGCAUUCUGUGUCCCUCUACAUGAAUCCCUAAGACUUCUAUCAAAAUACAAGAUUCCUCAGUACUUCAAAUAUUCUCUGUUAAUGUCAGUAGGUAAGAGUGAAGAAAGAGCUAGGCCAUAGUGUCCACUUAAUGUUUUAGAGGUGUUCCAGAUGAUGUUGCACAAUUCUCAAAGAGUUGUUUAAACUUUAGAAAAGUCAUCCAAACUCUGUUUUCCAUAAAGACAUGGAAGGUUUGGAGAAAAUCAUGAUAUCCUGCUUCAGAACACUAACUGUUUAAAUCAGUACUCAGUGGUGUUUAGAGAGAGUACAGCUGGAGCCAGACAGACAGAGAGCAGCCUUCUCUUCCAAAGAGCCGUGCCAUUAAGGUCACCGGUGGCCCCGUUGUACCCGUGUGACAGCUCACUCAGACUCAGGUCUCUGCUCCAGGCUGCUGUGUGUUUAUGUGGUGUUUGUAGCCAAAGAGAACUAUUUUAAUUAACAGAUGUCACAGAGGACCAAUGCUGUGUGUUUACCUUUCUGUAGAUUGUAUAUGUAUAUUGUAAAUGUAUUUUGUGAUCGUGACAGAAAUGUUUAUUAAAUUAACUUAUAUUGUAAAGGAGCUUAACUUUGUGUGGGGUUGUAAUGGCAUCAUGUUCCUCCCUCUCUGACGGCUGAGUAUUCCUCUGGCUGGAUGUGAACAUAAAUGCUAAAAUAGGUGUGUAUCAGAGCAGAGAGGCGGCCAAACACUUCAGUUUCCUUUCCUCAUACAAAAAAUCUUUUGUCUAAUAGUAUGAGUGUGUCUGUCAGUCUGCAGAACAGAUGUUUAGCAAACCAACAUCCAAGUCUCCCCAAGGCCAACAAAUCAUGUAGGCUAAUAUUUUAUCCUCAUGUUUAUUAGAGUGUUCUAACUCACCACUCACAGCUGCUUUGGAUCAGCUCUCACUGAGCACCUGAGCUGCAGCAAUCAGGGGUAUUUGAACACUGCUCAGAGAAUCUAAUCUUUGAUAGACAAGACUUUGUUUUGUAUUUGUAAAGUAUCUGGUGUGGCAGGAGGCCUUGUUAUUAUCACAUGCAUGUAAUAUCUUAAUGAGAAUAAGAGGCCUAUAAAGCCAGGGAUAAAUAGUUGGAGCUGUUUGGAGCUAAAAAUAACGUUCUACAGGUCUGGAAAAAGUUUGGCAGCAUAGCCUUAAAAACAAAACAAACAUUUGUAGUGAUUGUUAUACUAAUCAGACAGUGGUAGUGAUAAUAGGGAGGAGGAAAAGUUAAGAGUCUAAAAAUGUGAGAAUUGUUUAGAGUUAUAUUUGUCAGUUCAGCAGUUCUACACAGUGACACAUUCUUGGCAGGGUAAGGGGAUGAAAACUUUCAGGACAGUUUGAUUGAAAGCACACAUGUUCAGCCACAAGCUGUUCUCUAUAGGUGCUGCAACAUAUGGUCCAGUAAAGAAACACCAUGGCUAUAAACCACAUUGCUGUUGUUCAUGCUGCGUGGGUUAAUGUGUGCUCUCUUGUAUGGCUCAAAGAAAUAAUAUUUCACAACUGACUCAUGUAACUGAGGUGAAACAUUUAUUUGUGUAAGAUGCUCUCUGUUCUUUGUCUACCCAAAGCAGAAAAAAGGUCCAAAACAUGCGGGUUUUGGAUCCCUACUCCUGUGUAGAUACAGAAAGAUAAAGAAUAUGACUCCUCA